GGUUGACCUCCAUCUUAGAUUGGAUUGUUGAUCCAGUUUCAAAGCAGUUAAAAUGAUGAAGAACGGGUACGGCUACUCUGGAAAGGGACAUGGGUACAACCAGUCCCAAGGUGGUUUCACCCGCUUUCAAACUAGGGUGAACACAAAGAGCCUGGCUGCCCUUCAGAUUCUGCCGUGCACAGUCUCUCAGCUCUUGUCAGCCACGGAAUCAAACGAUGUCUUUAUCAUUGGAGACACUGAAAUUAACCAGGUAUCUCUGGUGGGUAUCAUAACGAGAACUCUUUCUUCUAACACCAGCAUCUUAUACUCAAUGGAUGACAUGUCUGGGCCACCUAUGAAUGUAAAGCUGUGGGCCGACACUGAGAACCCAUAUGUGGAGGAGGCAAUGGUUCUUCCAGGAACAUAUGUGAAAGUCUCAGGAACCCUACGUACCUUUCAGGGUCGAAGGUCUUUAGUAGCCUCUAAUAUACGUCGUCUUCAAGACAUGAAUCAGAUCACUUCCCACAUGAUGGAGGUGGUGCACGCCCACAUGCAACUCGGAGGCAUGGCUUAUGAUGUGAACCGGGUGGGUGAUAAACUGAAUUCCAGUGCUGAUUAUGCUGUGUCUGGGGUGAACCAGCGCAGCUUGGAUGGAGGACACUCUGCUGUCCACACAGAGACAUGUGGCUUAACCACCCGUCAGAACCAGGUUUUGAACAUGGUUAAGUGCUGCUUAGCCCGUGAAGGCAUCAGUUUACAGGACCUUUCGAGGAGACUUGGGUUCCUCAGCAUGAGCGUUAUAAGGCUGGCUUUGAAGUUUCUGCUUAACGAAGGUCACAUAUUCUCUACUAUUGACGAGGAGCACUUCAAGGCCAUAGAAAACAGUGCCAAUAUGGCAGCAAGCACAAACACACCUACUUUUGACUGCCCGUCAUGGGCAGGGAAACCUCCUCCAGGACUUCAUCUGGAUGUGGUGAAGGGAGACAAACUGGUGGAGAAGCUAAUCAUUGAUGAGAAGAAAUACUACCUGUUUGGAAGAAACCCGGACAUGUGUGACUUCACGAUAGACCACCAGUCUUGUUCUCGAGUCCACUCAGCUCUAGUCUACCACAGGCACCUCAAGAGGGUCUUCCUCAUCGACCUCAACAGCACUCAUGGGACCUUUCUAGGUCGCAUCCGUCUGGAGCCCCACAAGCCCCAGCAGGUCCCCAUUGACUCCACCAUGUCGUUUGGGGCAUCCACGCGUGUCUACACCUUGAGGGAGAAGCCCCAGACCCAGGCCAGUACCGUGCCAGGGGAGGCCAAGGCUGGCGAGGAUGAGGAGCUGAAAGGCUUGCUGGGACUGCCUGAGGAGGAAACCGAACUGGAGAACUUGACAGAGUUUAACACAGCCCACAACAAGCGCAUCUCUACUCUCACUAUCGAGGAGGGCAACCUGGACAUCCAGAGACCCAAGAGGAAGAGGAGAAGCUCCCGGGUGUCCUUCAGUGAAGAAGAGGAGGUCAUCAACCCAGAGGAUGUCGACCCGUCAGUGGGGCGCUUCAGGAACAUGAUCCAGACUGCUGUUGUCCCCAUCAAGAAAAGGAAGAUGGAGGGGCAUGCUGCUUUGAGGCUGGACGACACUGUGGCACGAAGAGUGCAGAACUUCCCCUUUAGUGGGGGUCUAUAUGGAGAUCUUCCACCCACCAGUCAUGAGGCCGUGAACCACCCAGCUGGAGCCCAGGGAGGAACCACCAUUUUGGGGGCCCUCCCCCUGCUCUUCCCUAACCCUGCCCCGGAGGUGGACCUGACCCCUACCUCGGCACAGCCUCUUGUCACCCUUAACCCCAUCCCUGCACCAGGACCUUACACAGCUGAACCUUUAAACGAGCCGCGCAAGAAGAAAUAUGCCAAGGAGGCGUGGCCUGGGAAGAAGCCCACACCUUCUCUGCUGAUAUAGCCCCGCCCUGGACAGUGUAGUGGGAGGGGCUAUUAUGUGUAACAUAAGGGGCACUUGGACACACCCUUAAGACUUGUUGACUAAGCUGUGACCAUGAUGUUUUGGAGAUUUGUACGAAUAAUAUAUUGUUUGCUUUUGUUUAUUUGCCUUUAACAUUUAUUUUUGUAUUGCUUAUUUAACAUGGUGACAUCAUUUAAAUUAUUUUUACAUUGGACGGUAUAUGAAUUUUGCUAGUAGGUGUACGAUCAAUACUAAUACUUUUCCUAAAGGAAAGCAAUUCUACAGUUUUGAUCCCUGCAUUCUUUUUUGUGUCCUUCUGCUGACCUUUCACUGUAUGUACGAUAUUAUUCUGUGUUUAUAUUCCAGGUCCAUUUUCACUCAGACCCAUGGUCCUGCACAGUUAUACAAAAGGCCCGAAUCAAAACGACUGCAAGGCAUAGCAGUAAUAUAUUAAGACAAGACCAUGAACUGCGAGUGCAAAUUGUCUUUAAAGGAACUCAAUAAAAGAAACAAUUAUUUAUGAGACAGUUCAUGUUAAUGUUUAUUUCUAUUUUUAUACUUGGGCCUGACAGUUAAAACAGUAAUGAAUGUCAGUUAUGUGUGAAUGUGACAAGAAGAGAAAGAGGUUUGAAACGACAGGCUGGUUAUUAGCAUUCAUAUCUAUUUGAUAUUUGUAUAAUAAACAGUAAUCCAUA